AUGGCGAAUUUGUUGGUCCCCCAGGAUAAUAUAUCCGAGCUCAUCGUCGCUGUACAAAAGGAAGCAAACAAAAAAGCGAAACAGCGCUCUGCCACGAUAUCAAUUCUUGUUAAUAAGAUCUGCUCAAAAGCUUAUUCUGAUGGUCUCCCCAGCAGGUCUUUGGAGCAGCUGGUUGAUAUUAUUACACGUCCCAACCAGCUCGACCAAAGCAGCCUCGGAAGCCUGGUCCGCAACCUCUACCCCGCUGGUAAAGUGACAGAUAGCAUCGUCAUCAAGCUCGUUGGAAGCUUAGGUCAUGGCCGAAUGAAACCUUCUUACUCUACCCAGGCUGUGCUGUUAAAAUGGUUGAUUAUGGUCUACGACGUCCUCGAGAAUCAGAGACUACUGUCGAAGCUAUACAGUGUACUAUUCAACUUAAUCGACACCUCUGCUCUCAGGAUGGAACUCACCCGGCAAGCCGGGAAUGAGCCACCUCUUGUUGGCCUGAUGAAAGUAUUCAAGGACUACUACCCAGACAUCGUCGUAGGCGAAGUCACGUCUGGACGAGCCGCAGUAUUCACACAUCCCAAUACAGAGUGGCGGCAACGCUUGAGUGAUAUCCAGGAGCUCCAUCUGCAAAAUUCACCAGAUGGCUUGCCGGCGGAGAAAGUAACGUUCAGAGUGGCCAGCAAGAACGGAACGAAGAGAACCCUAUCAUUUGUGCUGCCCAGCGUUCACACAUCCCAUGCCCUCGAGACUUCUGUAACACUAGAAGAGAUCGAGGAUGCCCAUCAACUCGUCCAGAAGCUUGAAAAGAUUGAGCCACCCAACCAGCUAGUCACUGUCCUAAAAGAUCCUUUGCUACAAAAAUUCAUGCAGCUCAAGUCGACCGACGUCUACUCGAGGCGGGUCGAUAGCUGGCUGCUAGCUUUUUUCGACGACCACCUGCGGACAGAUUUGGGCGGGAAAGAGAUCACGGUAAUGCUUGAUACCGUACUCAAUUAUACUUGCCAAACCAAGGCAUUACCACCUUCAUGUCUGACAUACCUCAAAGCUAUGGUUCCAUCUUGGAAUGGUAUAUCGGACCGUGAAGUGAUCCUUGGUCUUCUCACAUACUCCCCAAUCGGGCCAUUUGAAGACCUAUAUGAUUCCACAUUCCUGCCCCUUGAAGAGGCUCUUCUCGGCGACGGCACCACCGACUCUCAACUCACCCUCCUCUCAUUCUACACAGAACUUAUUGAUCAGUGGAUGGUGACCCUCCUUUCUAAACCCCAGCGCUCUGCGGACGCAAGCACCGCAAAUUUCUUCACAGCCCUCACGAACCACGCCAGCAACCUCGUCCUCACCAUUCUCCAAUCCACCACCGCAGUCUCCGCCCUCUCGAGCAUUUUGUCCUUCUAUGAAUCGAGUGCCGCACUAAUCGUUCACCCCGCCCUGAAACAUACCCUCCGUAUUGCCAUCCCCCCGGCAGAAGUAGUCUAUACCCUCCUCUUCACCCCCUCCCUCAGCACCACCAGCCGCCUCUGUGCUGCGCUCGCCCAUUACAAACGCGCCUUCGAACUCGCCAUGUUAUCGAAACCAAACAAUUCAGAGCAUCAGCCAUAUCCGAAAGACUAUGUGAAUCACUUCAAUGGGUUCCUGAUGGAUGUCUGUAACUGCGUGUGGCGGUCUCGGGCUUUCAAUACUGCUGAUCCAAACGCAUUAGGAUGUUUGCUACAACUUAAUGUGAAGCAAGCGAUAAGUCAGCAUAUCUCAGCAAUCGAUGCGACGUUCGCACUGCAGAAUUUAUUCAGUUUCUCGUACUCACCACUGCUGUGUCUCUUUGCCAUUUCCUAUGUCAGGGAGCUCGAGGAUAACGCCGGGGAGGAGAUUGGGCGCCGACAUGCUGGGCCGGUAACACAGCACUCUCUGAAGCAGCUUAAGCAGGAUGGAGGGAUAAAGUUAAUUUGGCCGGACUACAAGCUGGGUGUCUUAACAUACAUGGAUGGUAAAGGGGUUGCGGGUAUUGGAGAGUUGAUGUACAAUACUAUGAAGCAUCUGAUGACUGCGAGGGAUAAUCGGGCCCAGAGCUCUAUGGGAUGA